CGGCGCACAGUCGACGCUCGGCCGGCCGGGUGGACUCACGCAGUGUCGCCAUGGGACCGCUGCUGGUGACGGACUCGGUCUCGGACUCCCCGGGCCGGGCCCAUGUCUGCUCGGGGGCGGCCGGUGGCGCCGCGGGCCAGUCGCGGUCGUGCCGCGGGGCUGGCAGCAUGGAGCGGUCCACUCUCGGCGGGUCGGUGUCGGUCGCGACCUCCGCGCCUGCUCCGGUGACAUCGGUGGGUGAUGGCGCCGCGCUGACUGCCGGUCUGGACUCCAGUGGGGACUCGCUGCCGCGGUGUGAGGACUCAGACCAGAGCGGCCCGUCGGCUGUCCGACACCGCGAGGACAGUGGGUACGCUGCCGGCAGUGAGCGGCCGCGUGCCGCCAGCGGGGAUGGUGGCCAGGCGGACAGCGCGCUGACGGACCUGGAGCGGUCGGCCGCCUCCGGCACCGACAGCGGCAAACAGAGCGGCGACGAGGAGGACGACGUGUUCGGCGCCUCCGUCGGCGCCGAUGGCGAGGAGGAGGCAUUCUGCCGGUGCGAGCACUCCGACUGGGAGUCGGACGUCGCGCCGGCCGCAGACUUCGGCACCUCGGUCGAGUCGUGCUACUCGGCGUGCAACUUCUACUCUGCGGACGCGGAGUGGUCGAGCUCCAUGAUGGACUCGAUGUACAGCACCAACAGCGACCGGACGCUGCUGGGCGACUGUCCGUGCCCGCGGGACGGCGACUGCUGCUGCGGCCAGACAGCGCCUCUGGCCGACAGUCGCUCCGAGUCCGGCUCGGACGCCGACGCCGAGUCGGAGGCCGAGGACCCGCGCGGCGUCAGCAUCUCGGGGCUGUCAGAGCGCAUGGUGCGCCUGAUGGCCAACGUGUCGGAGAACCUCUCCGAGCGGCGCCGCAUGGAGGAGGUGGCCGGCUCGUUCCACGCCUCCAGUCCGCGCCGCCAGGAGUCCCUGUUCAACAGUCUGGGCGGCGCGCAGCCGUGCCGGGUCGGCAACAAGGAGCUCACCAAAAGGUACGACACUAAGGAUGUGCUCGGUGUGGCGUUCGAGCAGGCGCGACAGACGCGGCGCAUGUGCGGCGCCGGCGGCGGAACCGACGCAGAGGACUUUGGCCGCUUCGCCCGGUUCUCCGAGUGCGGCUCGGAGCUGUCGGCGAGCAGCAGCGAGCCGGGACUGAACCGCUCGGCGCGGGAGCGCACUUCCUCCAGCGAGCUCAACUCCAGCUUCGACACGGUGUCGGACGACUACCUGCUGGAGGCGGUGGGGCGCGAGCGCGGCCGGCUGCCCGACCGGCUCAGCUUCAGCUCGGUCCAGUCCGACUCCAGCAUCGAGGUGCUCGACCUGGAGACUACGGGCGACUUCCCGCGCGGCUUCCGGUUCGCCGGCGCGCCGCCGCUCGAGCUGCCCGAGCCGCUCGCCCGCCGGCAGCAGCCGGCUGACAAGCUGCGCCACGUGUCCGGCGAGUCGGCGCUCUCCCAGUCGACCAUGGUCGAGUCGCGCGAGCGCGAGCUCGACGCCGUCGAGGAGAUCGAGGUGCUGGUCGACGAGAACCCGCCGCCGGCCACCGCCGAGCCCGGCAAACGCAACCUGCUGCACCGCUUCCUGGACAUGACCGCAGACCUGCUGGCCGGCGCGCCGCGCGAGGGGGACGACGUGCGUCCGCGCGCUACGCUGGCCCGCUCCAACUCGACCGUAGACCGGCGUGGGUCGGUGUCUGGGCCCCGGUCGCGGCCGCGUGCCGCCACCGUCCACUGCCGGCACUGUCUGAAGACGCGCGAACGGGAGGCCGAGCAGCGCUGCCGGACAGGCAGCUGGCAGCCGGAGCUGCCGGCCCAGCCGGAGCGACCCGACACGGACGGCCCCGACACGGGGAAGAGUCAGAGUGUGGAAAGCGGCGGCGGCUCGGGUCAGCGGCCGGCGGCCGGCGGACGACAGUCCUCGGCCAUGGCGGCACCGGGCACAGGACCGGGCCUGGCUCAGCGCAGCCUCGACUCUGUCUGGCCGCCCAGUCUCAGCAGAGGGUCGUCGACGGCGAGCCAGCCAGAGAAGCUGGACAAGCCCCCCACGCUGGUCAAAUACGCAGUGCAGGAGCGGGACACUCUGACCAGUAUCGCGGCGCGGUUCGACUGUCUGCCCACCGAGCUGGUGAAGGCGAACCGUCUGAACGCGCGGCUCGUGUUCCCUGGCCAGGUGCUGCUGGUGCCGUCUCGCGUGGCCGAUCAGCCGCCGGCCGCCUCCACCGCCGCCGCAGAUGACGCGGCGGCCGGCGGAGCGCAGAAAGAGGCCGGGGCGGAGGAGAGAGCGGCCCACACCGGGGAGACCCAGGCGGCCGCCAAGGGCACCAGUGCCGGCGCCGACCCGGAGCUCGACAAGGACUGCCUGAUGAAGUAUGUCAAGAUCAAGACGCGCCACAUCACUGACGGACAGGGUGUCGUGACGGGCACGCUGCUGGUCACCCCCAAUUGUCUGAUGUUCGACCCGAACGUCUCGGACCCGCUGGUCCUGGAGCACGGCGCCGACAAGUACUGCGUCAUGGUGCCGAUGGACUACAUCGUAUCGGCGGCGCUCUACACCGACAUCGCGCACAUGAAGGUCAAGGACCGCGGCAACAUCCCGCUACCGGACCUUCCUGCGCCGGAGGUGUACCACGCGCCACCGAAGGGCACUCCGUCGCCAUCAGCCACGCCUGCCCCGGCCCCGACUCCUACCCCGACCCCGGCGCCUGCCGGUGAGCAGUCAGCGUCUGACUCUGCCGAGGGCCGGACGGAGCUGACCGAGGCCGCCCCGGCCGCCCAGGUGCCGCCGGCGGCACCGGAGGGCGAGGAGCGCGCCCCGCUCCAGGAGCAGGAGUCCACUGAGGAGCCGGGCCAGGAGGCGGACGGCGGCUCGCUCUCCAAGGAGCUGACGUUUCCGGAGCUGAGCCUGCGCAGCGGCUCCCAGGAGGAGGAGGAGCCGGCCGAGCCGCGAGACACGGCCGCCUUCCCCAAGGCGUUCGACUGCGGCUUGGUGACGCCCGAGACGGCGCUGGGCGACGGUGACGGCGCUCAGAGUCGGCCGGCGCCGCCCGCCGACAGGGAGGCCGCCGAGCGCGGCGAGACGGGCGAGCCGGCCGACCGGCGCUCCGUGCAGUUCACCCAGCGCGCCGAGUCGCACCCCGACGAGCUGGACGAGACCAAAAAACAAAAGCUGCUGAAGCGCCUGUCGCACCCGCUGACCUGGAUGGAGAGCCUGUCGGGCACCCAGGACCGCGAGCCGACGCCCUCCUCGGCGCCGCCGCACAUCGAGAACAUCCCAAAGUCGAUGCUGUCCAACGUGGUCUCCUCAGUGUCGUCCGUCUCCAGCGCGCUAGUGAGCUCGCCGCGCUAUAUCGUUGACCUGGGCAGCGGUCUGCUCAGCUCCCUGUCUCCGGCCGAGAUGGAACAGACUGCCGGUCAGGGUGGCGUGGCGCCCGCCGCCCCCGCCCCCGCCCCCGCCGCCGCCGCUGAGUCGGCCGGCGGCGGCGGGCGGACCGGUGCUGACGAGGACGGCAGGCGGGAGGGAAACUCGACCUUCUACUCCGAGCGCUCCUCGGUCGACCGGAAGCCCAAGUCGCAGGGCAGCUUCGGCGGCUACAAGAACCUCGUGUCGAUGGACGAGAUGCCGUCCCUCUUCACCUCGUUCGACAUCAAAAGCACAUGCUUUCCCGGCUAUGACGGUAUUGAGCUGAUCCCCAAACCUUCGAAGGCGGCCGACGACCCGCCGCUCUACCUCUGCCUCAUCAUGGGCAAACGGCGCGGCCGCAAAAUCCGCAAAACGGUGCGCAUCCUAUCGUACGGCGAGGAGAAGCUGCGCUCAGAGUUCUGGUUCUCCAUACCGCGCGAAAAGUGUGACCAGCUGUACCACUUCAUUCAGUACUGGGCGCCCGAGAUCUACGGCAGUCUGGAGACCACCAAACCGGAGGAGCGCGGCUUCGAGCUGGUCGACUCCGACUCCGAUAUCUGGGAGUGUGAGGAGGGCGACGCGACGGCGUCCAGUGACGCCGCACCGGGCGAGUCGGGUCUCAUGGACCUGCCCAAACAGCUGCCCAAGCAGAGCUGGGAGGUGAUAAAGGCCCCCUACGUAAAGCUGUAUAGUAUGAUCAAAAGCCAGACUUCGGCCACGUCAGAGGAGGAAUUUAGCGAGAUGGGUGGAAUGUCUGACGAGCUGCGGCGGGCACUCUGCUCCAACUCAAUGACUUCCAUGGACAUGGAGUUUGUGCCCGACCUGAUCGGAAAGUCCGAGCUGCUCACCGAUGAUAUUCGGAAGAAACUCUGCAAGAAAAUCCCGCCCCGAGUCGAAGGCCACCCGUGGUCGCUCAUUUUCAGCUCGUCGGAGCACGGCUUCAGCCUGAAGUCGCUCUACAGAAAGUCGUCCGCCUACGAGUGUCCGAUGCUGCUGUUCGUGCAGGACACGGACGAACAGAUUUUCGGCGCGCUGUGCUCGACGCCGAUCCACAUGAGCGAGCACUACUACGGCACCGGUGAAACGUUCCUCUUCACCUUCCACGAAGGGUUCCGCACGUUCGCGUGGAGCGGCGAGAACCUGUACUUCGUGCGCGGCUCGCCGGACGGACUGGAGUUCGGCUCUGGAGACGGCCACUACGGCCUGUACCUGGACGGCGACCUGUACCGGGGUCGGACCCAGCGCUGCCUCACCUACAACAACGACCCGCUCACGGGCUCCACCGACUUCAUCGUGCGCGCCGUGGAGCUCUGGGCGCUGACGUGAGCUGACGGCGCGGAGCUGAACUGAGCUGAGCUGAGGGAGCCGGGCCGCGCCUCGCCGGCCGGCGCCGCCUCGUCAGGGUCCUCCCGGAUCCCCCGGCGCCGGAUCCCGCGGACACCAGCCUCCCGCCGGACCCCGCCGAGCCGCGGGCCGCCGUAGCGCUUGUGUCCUAGAUGCCUUGUGAUCUUUUCUGUACAAAGAGCGGGCGGAGGCGGCGCCGGCCGGCGGGCGGGCGGCGCCGAGCAGGGCAGAGCGACACACUCAGAGUAUAUUUUGUCUAUGUCCUGAGAGAGAGACAAAGAGGCGGGGACGGCGGCCGGCGGCGCUGGCCGUUUUGUAAGUGCUGCGCGCGCACGUAGGCCGGUAGGGGCUCCGUGGGGGCCGCGGUAGAGGCGCUGUGAUAGUGGGUGGUGCUAGCGGCGGCGGCGCCGGUAGCGCGCCCUAGUGCUCGCUCUCGGUGUCGUGUCAGUUCGCGGCCGGGGCCGCUGGUAGGUCCCCUCCCCUCCCCCGCCCCGCCCGAGUACCUGUUGGCUGUCGCGCAGCGCGGCGGCCCGCCCCGCCCCGCCCCGCCCCAGACCCUCCGCGCCGCUGAGCCGGCGAGAGGGUGCCCUCCAGUCGAGUCGGGCUCUGCUGCCAGCCUCCCCGACCGACCGCCCGCCGCUGACCGCGCGCCGGCGGACAGGCGCGGCCGGCGCGUAGCUGCGUGGCGUCAUUCCAGGUGCGCGGGCGUGGGCGGCGGCGCGGCGCGCUCCCCGACUGUGGUGUCUCUGUUUUGUGCGUGAGGUCGUUCCGUGUCGGACGCAGGCAUCGAGCGGCGGCGGCCGAGUCGUGCUCAAUUCUCACUCGGCGCCGGAGGGCGCCGUGCAAUACGUGUUCCCGGCCAGAGGGCGGGCAGGUGGCGCCACCUGCCGCCGCGCGCCGCCGGCUAGACAGCCGCGCCGCUGCGGCCUUUUCACCGAAUAGAAACUGUUAGUGUGUGUAUAUACGUGCUUGUGUUGUUGUUUGUACUGUAAAAGUUGACAGAUAUGCUAUGAACGAUACAUAAAGGAUUCACUGGUG